GAAAUCCAUCGGUGAAACAACGAUUCCGUCGUCGAUAUGAUACAACCAAUGGGUCAAUGAGCAUUCAUGGCGGUGGCGGGAUCUGUGGUCCGUAUGAUCCCAGUUACGGCUUCAGGUGUUUGUCUAUGGUCCGGAACGAGUUGGGUCAACGGGGCAGACCCUCAAACCGCAGGAUGGUUAAACUGGGCUGGAAAUGGAAACUGUGGCAAGCAGAUUUAUAUCCAACGCCAGAAUCAACCGGAGACCAUGCAAAUAGCUCCGGUACUAGACGGUUGUAACUUUGGACCCAGCGGUAGGAUGCUUCCAGAUAUGGAUGACAAAGGAUAAGAAAGUCAAGACUUACUCAUAGUUUCACCGUUCACCUGGAAUUUCAAUAACCUUGAUGGGCAAACACCUGAAAAUGCACCGUUAUAAGAAAUCCGAAAGACACGAUCAAAGUCAAAAGUCAAACUGAAGCCUAAGGUAGGAUGAUUCGUUGACAAUUAUGAUUAAUUUAUUUUUGUGGUUUCUCUCUCUCUGCCUCAAUCAAACCCUUAAUUAAAGACAUCCAUAAUCAUUUUUCUAACACCUUAAUUCUUUGAUCAAAUGUAGAGUUUUCAAACUUAUUUUCGUUUCUUUCUAUCAAUAUACUUGUCAUGUUACAAAAUAAACGUAUUCAAUUUGAUGUUACUGUCUGCUAAUGAUAAUGCUGUGUCCUCUCGAUGUUCACGCUUCAUAU